AUGGCGCCGUCGACGCAUUCGUCGUCCCUCGGCGCCGCGCGGUCGAGCGCUCGAGCGCGCGCGAGCGCGUUCGCGUCGAGCGAUAUGGCGUCCACGACGGGCAUGAUGGCCCCGGCGUUCUUCGUUGGACGGAGCGAACUCGUGGCGUGGGUGAAUGCGCUGCUGGAUGUGAACAUCAGCAAGGUGGAGCAGUGCGCGAGCGGCGCCAUCUACUGCCAGAUCCUCGAUGCGGCGCACCGGACGUCGAACGUGGUGCCGAUGCGGCGGGUGAACUUUGAGGCGAGGUCUGAGCAUGAGUUCGUGGCGAACUAUAAGAUUUUACAGGCGGUGUUUGAAAAGUUGAACAUCGCGAAGAAUAUCGAGGUGCAAAAGUUGGUCAAGGCGAGACCGCUGGAUAACCUGGAGUUUUUACAGUGGAUGAAGUGUUACUACGACACCGCCACGGGUGGUGGGUGCAGGGAGGAGUGUGGAUCGUACGACGCGGAGGAACGCCGAGCGGGGGCGAGAGGUGGGGCUUCGUUCGCGAGACGGCCGCAGGCGACGGCGGCGCCGCGGGAGCGACGACCGGCGGUGAGACGAGAUCACCACGCGCGCGAGACGACGACGGCAAGUACGACGAGCGAGCGAGGAGUGGAGCACGUUCGUCAUCACUCUCGUGCAGUUGACGGCGCGAACGCGAGCUCGUCGGCGAGAACGCGCGAGCUCACCGAGGCCAACGCGGCACUGAAGUUGCAAGUCGAACGCGCCGAACAAGAGAGAGAGUUUUACUUUGAGAAGCUUCAGGACGUAGAGUUCGUGUGCCAACGUCCCGAGUUUGAAAGUAAUGCGCUCAAAAUAGUUAUCGAGCGUAUUUUGUACCACACGGAUGGGAAAGCUGACGUCGAGGCGAUCAUUGCAGAGUGCUUCGCCGAAGACACGAAGACGGAGGCGCUGUCGGCGACGCCUACGCCGCCGCCCACCGAACUUCCCUCUCCAUCGCCUGUUGCCGUUGCGACGGCAUCAAUGGCGACAUUGAGGCUCGAACGCUUGGAUUCAGGUUUAUCCGCAUCACCCAUCGGAGCGUCCCCGCUUGGAACGCCGCCACCGAUGUUCUCACCCGAGGAGAGCUCUGCGACAAGUGAGAAGGCGACAGAGUCGCCUCGCGAGCCCCUUCGUGACGCCUCAAACGCGGUAUAG